AUCCUGCUUUUGGCAUCGAUCAGAAUUGGACAGUAUUGAAUGCACAUCAUGGAUCCCUUGCGAACUGUCGCAGGAUUUACAACCCGUCAUGUACUUCUGUCUGCUAAUCAGCUGAAUCUAUGCUCCAAAAGUCGCCGGUUAAUAUGGUGCCAUCGGAAUCUAUAUGCUACAAAAGCUAUGCACGAAAAAGCCUAUCGAAGAACACGCUUUGCCCCCCGGGCUGUAUAUCAACCUACUACACCCGUCACUUGGAUUAUAUCAGAGGGAUCUGUCAGUGCUGACAAGGAGUCUAUUGCUCUCGCCGAAGCACUUGGGCUUCCUUGGGCUAUCAAGCGUUUACAAUGGAUUCCAACGCCUUUCAAAAAACUUUUAAUGGGACUAUCAUCAUGUUCGGACAAACUACCAUGGUUCAUGGAAGGUGAUGCAUUGGCUGCACCAUAUCCUAGUUUUGUGAUUGGUUCGGGGGCCAAAGCUUUUCCUGCGGGUCUGGGGCUGAUGAAAGAUCAAAAAAAUUACUUCCGUAUCAAUUCAACGCUUAAUACCAUCACUCAAAGAUCACUUGAUGUUGCUAAACGCAAGGCUUUUGAACUAGAACUUAUUCCAAAAUCCUUUUUCAAUCAGGGAAAUAGAAACGGGCUAACUCGACAGCCCAUUGUUACCAUACUGAUUGGUGGUCCGAACGAAGAUUGCUCGCACAAUACUGAAAGACUAAUCAGUCGGCUAUCCCGCUUAUUGGAUGUUCAAGGCUCCAGAGUCUUACUUUCGUUUUCGCAAAGGACUGCCGAUAAUACCAAAGUCGCAGUCAAAAAGCUCGAAAGUCAUAUUCAGGAUGAGAACAGGCUUUACGUCCAAGAUACUAUAGGAUUCAUCAAUGAUCAUAAUCCAUACGAGGCUAUGCUGGCAUUAGCGGACAAAAUUGUGGUCACAGCAGAUUCGGUUGCAAUGACCAACGAAGCUCUGGCCACUGGUAAACCAGUGUACAUCCUUGGCGGUGAGCUCGCUCGUGGGAAGCUAAAGAUCACAAUGCGACCCGCACGUUCCGGCCUGCGUCGUGUUCCAGUCUUGAGUGGCAACGAACCCAAUAUUGUUUCUAAUAUAACGACUAACGAUACUGCGGACCCCUUGAGUUAUCCAGGUGAUCAUCCACCAUGGAACCACAAGCUACUAGCAGAUCAGGGAACAGAAGAGGUCAAGCGUCUUGCGCAGCGCCUCAAGAUUAUAAGGGAUUGUCGCAUAUCGGGUAGAAGAAUCCCUGAAGAGAUAGCCAAUAGCACCUGCUGAUCAAGGCCUUCAUUUUAGUGCCUUGAUUUUAAGCUUCCUCAGGGUUCAAACAAAC